AUGGCUACCGCAACCGCCGAACAGAAGUUCAAGUUAAACACUGUGGACAAGAAGCGGGACAGCGAGUUCACGAAGUCGAUGCACAAGGAGGGGGCCAAGAAGGGGGCCGUCGCCUCGUUCUUGGGCAAGGACCAGGCCGCCACCGACGCCGCCAUCGACGGCUACCUCCGUCACUUUGACGGUGGUGUCACCAAGGAAGACGAACAAAAGCGGUUGGACGACUACUCGGCGUUGACCCACCACUACUACAACUUGGUCACCGACUUCUACGAGUAUGGUUGGGGGUCUUCGUUCCACUUCUCCCGCUACUACAAGGGCGAAGCCUUCCGUCAAGCCUCGGCGAGACACGAACACUUUUUGGCGGCCAAGAUGGGGUUGACCGAAGACAUGAAGGUGUUGGACGUCGGGUGUGGUGUCGGUGGUCCCGCCCGGGAAAUCACCCGUUUCAUUGGUUGUGAAAUUGUUGGUUUGAACAACAACGACUACCAAAUCGAAAGAGCCAACCACUACGCGCAAAAGUACAAUUUGGCCAACAAGUUGUCGUUUGUUAAGGGUGACUUCAUGCAGAUGGACUUUGAGCCCAACUCGUUCGACGCCGUCUACGCCAUCGAAGCCACCGUGCACGCCCCCGUGCUCGAAGGUGUCUACCUGGAAAUCUACAAGGUGUUGAAGCCCGGUGGUGUCUUUGGUGUCUACGAGUGGGUCAUGACCGACAAGUACGACGAAAACAACCCUGAGCACCGCCAGAUCUGUUACGGUAUCGAAGUUGGGGACGGGAUCCCCAAGAUGUACUCUUACAAGGUCGCCAACGAAGCGUUCAAGAACGUCGGGUUCGAGAUCGAAUACGCCCGCGACAUGGCCGACAACGACGACGAGAUCCCCUGGUGGUACCCUCUUUCCGGUGAGUACAAGUACGUGCAAACCUUCAGCGACUACUUCACCUGGUUCAGAACCCUGAAGCUUGGCCGGAUCAUCACCACUGAAGGGGUUGGCCUCAUGGAAAAGAUCGGUCUCGCUCCCCGUGGCUCGAAGAAGGUCACCCACGCCUUGGAAGAAGCCGCCGUCAACUUGGUCAAGGGUGGUGAACAAGGGUUGUUCACCCCCAUGAUGUUGUACAUUGUGAGAAAGCCGUUGGACGCCAAGGACUAG